GCACGGGGACGCGCUCCGAGGGCGCGCACCGGGCGGCGGCGGCGCGCGGGGCCGCUCUGGCGGGAGAAGCGCUUCCGGUGGCGGCGCAGGCGGCGCGGAGCGGGUCCUGCGAGCGGCGCGGGCGGCGGGGAGCGAGUCCAGGACGAUGUCUGGAGAACUUCCACCGAACAUUAACAUCAAGGAACCUCGAUGGGAUCAAAGCACCUUUGUUGGGCGAGCCAAUCAUUUCUUCACUGUAACAGAUCCCAGGAAUAUCCUGUUAACCAACGAACAACUAGAGAAUGCAAGAAAAGUAGUGCAUGAUUACAGGCAAGGAAUUAUUCCUCCAGGUCUUACAGAAAAUGAAUUAUGGAGAGCAAAGUACAUCUAUGAUUCAGCUUUUCAUCCUGACACGGGUGAAAAGAUGAUUUUGAUAGGAAGAAUGUCAGCUCAGGUUCCAAUGAACAUGACCAUCACAGGUUGUAUGAUGACAUUUUAUAGGACGACACCGGCCGUGCUGUUCUGGCAGUGGAUUAACCAGUCCUUCAAUGCCGUGGUCAAUUACACCAACAGAAGUGGAGACGCCCCCCUCACUGUAAAUGAACUGGGAACAGCUUACGUUUCCGCGACAACUGGUGCCGUGGCAACAGCUCUAGGACUCAACGCAUUAACCAAGCAUGUCUCACCACUCAUAGGACGUUUUGUUCCCUUUGCUGCUGUAGCUGCUGCUAAUUGCAUUAAUAUCCCAUUAAUGAGGCAAAGGGAACUCAAAGUCGGCAUUCCUGUCACAGAUGAGAAUGGGAACCGCUUGGGCGAGUCGGCCAAUGCUGCAAAACAAGCCAUCACACAAGUAGUUGUCUCUCGGAUUCUCAUGGCAGCCCCGGGCAUGGCUAUCCCUCCAUUUAUCAUGAACACUUUGGAGAAGAAAGCCUUCCUAAAGUACUUGCCUCUCUCCCCUCAAGUUAACCUGCGUGACGUACCUUUUCGCCAGAGGAGUCUUCUCGGGGACCAGGAGGUUCCCAUGGAUGAGCGCACCUAUUCAAGUUGGAUUAGUUGGCUUUUGUUUGGUAUUUGCUACACCUCUGUGUUGUGCUCUAUUUCCUCAGAAAAGUUCCAUGUCUGUGACAAGCUUGGAGGCUGAGUUGCAAGCCAAGAUCCAAGAGACCCAUCCUGAAUUACGACGUGUAUACUUUAAUAAGGGAUUGUAAAGUAGCAGAAGAAACUCUACAGCUUAUCCCGUCUACUGCAGACCCGGUGAGGAAAAGCCGGUUCGACCCGGGUUCUCCCAGUUACAGAAACCUUUUAAAGACCCACAUUAGCCUUUUAGAGUCAAGCUGCUACUUACAGCCAGCGCCUCGUAUGGGCCAGGCGCCUGACACCUGUUGGCUCCCUUACAUUUGAAUCACGAUAUGAUUUACAGAAAUACCCUUCCUCUAGCUUUUAUAGUAAUUGUUUUUCAAAGACAAUAUACCAGCCCUCACCCAGAGUUUUAAAAAGCACUGCUAGGCAUAGAGUAGAUGUUCAGUAUAUGCUCAAUACAUAUGUAUUGAUUAUCAGUGAGUGAAAAGGAAAUCUAUUGGAAAUAUUGAGUUUUUAUCCCAUUCUUGUUUCAAAUCACUCAGCACUGAUUGGGGAAAACACAAAAGCUCUGAGGCUAAGCUAUAAAAAAUGACUCGUAAAUAUUAAGGACAUUUGCUUCCACUUUGGGCAAUGGGCAACCCAAAGUAGAUGAUGAGUCUUUUGGAUUUAUAGGAUAAAAGCUCUUCUGUCUACUUCCCAAAAGUCACAGUAAUAGACACAUGUGAUGAGCCAUCCCUGCUGUCAACAACUGUAUGCAUUCAUAUUGCUGGUGGAUUUCUUUAGUUGACUCUUAAAUUUAUUCUGUUUUACAUUCCUAUGAAGUUAAUCUUACCUUCCACUUGUUGACUUUAUAUUCAAUUAUUUACAUCAAAUAAUCAAAUAACUGAAAUGUACAAAUGUCAAAUUUUGGAAGUAUAUUCAAUACCAAUGCUGUAUGACUGGGUUGAAUCUGGUUUGUUUGAUUUUUUUUUUAGAAGUGAGAGCACAGUUCCAGCUCAGCUACAUGUCUUUUCUUGUCAUUCUCAUAGACCUCUUUGGCUUUCAGAAAGAUACAGAAAUAAUGUGUAUGUGAAUCAGUGACUGAAUGAAUUGUACUUGAAUAUUCUAUACUUCAUUCCACCCUGCUUGACAAUAAGGAAUCCAUGGACCACUGUUUACAUCCUCUGUAGUAGCUUCACAUGUAUUUAAUGUAGCAGAUUAUGUUUCAAGUCUGAAGAUGUUCAAGGCAUAUGCUAGGUGGUUGUUCUGUUGAGUGAGGCCACUCAGUUCAAUUGUAAUUCAGAGACUUAUAAGUGAAAAAAAAAUGUAGAAGCUAGUUUUGACAGAUUUUUCCAGACAAUGUGACCAGACUGAAUUUCCUCAUAAAGAAAAAAUGGUGUUCCUUGUGUCCGUGUUUCUCUUUUCUCUGAAAGGAUUAAUGGAUCUGAAGCUUGGGGCCACUCUGAGCCUUCCUUUGUGCCACCAGAAUUUUCUCAUUUAGAUUUUCUGUCUUAAACCAUUUGAGGCAAAAUAGCUUCCCCAUUACAUUCUGUCCUUGGAUGUAUUUUAUUGCCAUAGAUGCUUCUCUUUAAAAAGUGGUAAGAGCCUGAAAUUCAAGGCAGAUCUCCACGAGGUGCUUUUAAGGGUGCUUUUAAGGAGAAACCGAAGCCCCCCACAACCUGCCCCAGCUAA